CGGCGAAAAGUCGGCCGGAGAUCGAGCAAUGGCGAGCGAGAAGAUGGGCGGCGGUUUGCGGACGUCUUACCAGCGGUUCCCGAAAGUCCACAUCCGCGAGAUGACGGACGACUACCUCAAGUUCGAGCUGCGCGACACCGACGCGAGCAUCGCGAACGCCCUCCGCCGCGUCAUGAUCGCCGAGGUGCCCACCAUCGCCAUCGACCUCGUCGAGAUCGAGAUCAACUCCUCCGUGCUCAACGACGAGUUCAUCUCCCACCGCCUCGGCCUCAUCCCCCUCACCAGCGACGACGCCAUGUCGAUGCGCUUCUCCCGCGACUGUGACGCCUGCGACGGCGAUGGCCAGUGCGAGUUCUGCUCCGUCGAGUUCUUCCUCAGUGUCCGAUGCGACUCCGACCAGACGCUCGACGUCACCACCGCCGACCUCCAGAGCACCAACCCCCGCGUCUGCCCCGUCAAUGUGACUAUUGCGAGCGCUAUGUCAAGCGAUCGCGAGGGAUGCGAGUCCUCCGAGCAAAAGGGCAUACUCAUUGUGAAAUUACACCGUGGGCAAGAGCUAAGACUUCGAGCUAUUGCUAGAAAAGGGAUUGGCAAGGAUCACGCCAAAUGGUCACCUGCUGCAACUGUUGCAUUUAUGUAUGAGCCACAGAUCCAUAUAAAUGAGGAAUUGAUGGAAACAUUGACGCUUGAAGAGAAACAAGCCUGGGUUGAGAGCAGCCCUACAAAAGUUUUUGUCAUUGAUCCAAAUACUCAACAGGUGGAAGUUAACGACCCAGAGGCCUAUACAUACGAAGAUGAAGUCCUCAAGAAAGCGGAAGCUAUGGGGAAACCAGGCCUCAUCGAGAUUUUUCCUAAAGAAAACAGUUUCAUAUUCACCGUUGAAUCAACCGGUGCCAUCAAGGCUUCACAGAUGCUCCUCAAUGCGAUCAACGUUCUGAAGCAGAAGUUGGAUGACAUCCGCUGCUCGCAUGAUGAUGCAUCCGACAUGAACGAACUAACUUCACACCUGGGAAUUCAGUCGAUCUAGAUGUACUCUCCAUGGUACUAUUUUGCGAAAACUUAUGAAAGGGUAAAUCAAUAGACUAUUUUGUGCCUUUUGGCACUAGAACCCUUCAAACUUUCUUUUAUAUGAUGUAUGCGUUAUUGGGUUGUUAUAUUGAAGUGUGUAGCUAACUAUAAAUUGUUGAGAUUAACACGACAUGAGGAGUAUGAUGAGGAUUCACAGUGUGCAA